AUGCCGCCCCUCAAAGAAACGACCGCAUCUCUCCCACACACCCAUUCUCCCACCCACUCCCACUCCUCCUCUUCCUCCGCCGGCUCCGCCUCACUUUCUCCUCCGCCCGAAGACACGUCCAUGUUUUUAAGCGGACAACGAGGUUUUUUGAGAAGAAUUGAAGAUGAGGAUGACGAUGAUGAUGACGAAGAAGGAGAAGGAGGAGGAGAAGAAGAAGGAAAAGAGGGAUCAGAAUCAGAGAUCGAUCAAAACAACGAAGAAAAUGGAAUUGAAGCGGAAGUCGAAAUGGGAACCGAAAGCGAAAUCGAAGCCGAAGUCGAAGUCGAGAUUAAUGACGAAGAAAUCCAACAUAGGCUUCAACAUGACGCUGCUGCUGCCGAAGAAGAAGAACAACAACAAUACGCCAAAGCCAACACUCUCUCCCCUCCCACCCGCACUCUCCUCCCCUCACCCAAGAAACACAUCGCCCACAUGCCCAUGCCCAUGCCCCGCACCCGCCAACAAAUGCGUGCCCUAUCCGCCGCCCGCAAAACCAACACCAUGCACCAAAGCACCUCAUCCACGCAUUGCGAAGCAGCUGCAGACACUACACCACUUGUGAAAUAUUUUGCCGUGGGCGCCGAUAUGUCUACGCCAUUUAUGGAAAGCGUGUGUGCGGACGCGCGUAUUUUGGCGAUUGGUCGGUUGGAUGGGUGGAUGUUUUGUGUGGAUGGGGGGGUGCAGGGGGUGUGUUGUUAUCGGAAUGUUUUGCCGUGGGAUGUGAAGAUGGAGGGAGAGGGAGAGGGAGAGGGUGAGCAAGAAGAGGAAGAAGAAGAAGAGUAUAAUACGAGAGGAAAGGUGGUUUAUGGAGUACUGUGGGAGGUGCACGAGAGUACGAUAUAUAAGUUAUUGAAUUGGGAGAAGAAGGAAAAAGAUGCAAAGUUGGAUAUGGCACGCGUGGAGAUUAUGAAAUUGGAAUGUGAGAAUGAGUUUAGGUCGUUUGGUAUGGGGUGGGGGUUGAACAGGAAGUUGAGGGCGGUGGGGGUGGAGCCUGAUGUGGUCGUUUUUACGGGGACGCCGGGAGGAUGGGGCCUCGGGGAUGGGUAUAAUUGGGAUGUUAAUCAUGGGAUUGCGGAGGGCUGUAUGAGGGGAAUCCCGGAUGAGUGGGUGAAUAGUGAUGUGAGGUGGUGGGUUCAAUAUCCUCAUCCUGUACACCCGAUGAACCUCAAAUAG